AUGCCAUCUCCCAACCCCCCUCCUCCUCCUCCUCCAGAAAUCUACAAUGUCCGCACAUACUCCAUCGCCGUAAUUGCCUCGACGGGAGCGUUCUUAUUCGGCUACGAUUUAGCAUUCAUCGGAACAACAAUAACACUAGAAUCAUUUCGAAGAGAUUUCAACCUCCUGAACUCAUCCCCAAACACACUCGCCUCCUUCGCAGCAAACAUCGUCUCUUUGCUCCAAGCAGGCUGUUUCUUCGGAUCCCUACUCGCCGGACAUUUUGCAGAUCGAUAUGGACGAAAAUCCAGCUUGAUGUUUGCGGGGAUGCUCUUUUGUCUUGGGUCGUUGAUGCAGACGGUUGCGCAUGGGAGUUGGGGGGUGGUGUUUACGGGGCGAGCAGUAGGGGGGUUGGGGGUUGGGGCUGCGAGUAUGCUUGUACCGUUGUAUGUGGCUGAGUUGUCGCCGGCGGAAAUGAGAGGGAGGUUGGUGGGGGUGUAUGAGAUUUGUGUGCAGCUUGGGACUUGUCUUGGGUUUUGGGUGGUUUAUGCUGUUAAGAAGACGAUGGGGGAUGGGAGUUCGCAGUGGAUUACGCCGUUUGCGAUACAGUUGAUUCCGGGGGGGCUUUUGGUUGUUGGGAUGUUCGUUGUUCCGGAGUCUCCAAGAUGGGUUGCGCAACACUUUGGCCGAUCGGAAGCUCUCAAAGUCCUAUCUCGGCUGCGUAAGUUGGAUGCUGAGCAUGAAUAUGUCCAAGACGAAGUCUCUCGCAUCGUGCAGCAGCUUGAGGAUGAGCAAUGCUCCGGCGCUCCCCAGAGUCCUCUCCAACAGCUCAAACGGCUUGGCAGACCAGGUUAUAGGAAUCGCCUAGUCAUCGGCGUCUGGAUUUUCAUCUUCAUGCAGAUGGCAGGAUCGAAUGCGAUCAACUACUUCAGCCCGGCUAUCUUCAAGAGCAUCGGACUGAAAGGUGAAGACACCGGGCUGUAUGCGACUGGCAUUUAUGGCGUUGUGCGACUGGUUGCAAUCGUCAUUGCGAUUAAUUUUGUGGUCGAUCGCUUUGGUCGUCGAAAAAUGUUGAUGGGCGGUGCGGCAGUGAUGGCUAUUGCGAUGUGGUACAUCGGCGCGUACGAGAAACUGGUUCCAGACACACCGGGGGGCAUACCACCUGCUGGAUAUGCGGCCAUCGUGAUGAUUUACGUCUUCUCCCUAGGCUUCUGCUUUUCGUAUGCCGGCGUUCCUUGGAUCUACGCUUCCGAGAUAUAUUCGAUGGAUGUCAGGAGUACUGCUAUUGCAAUAUGUAUUGCAACACACUGGCUCAUGAACUUUGUCAUUGCUCGAUCAGUGCCAUACAUGAUCACGAACAUCAAAUACGGCACCUUUUUCGUGUUCGCCAGUUGUAUCACCGUGUCCAUUGUCUUUGUGUAUCUCUGCGUGCCAGAGACAAAAGGGCUGAAUUUAGAAGAGAUGGACAUCUUGUUCGGAAGCAUGCCCGGCGAGAAAGCACAGUAA